AACUGAGGCAGGCAGCCCUGUAUAGGCUACAGUCAAUGUAUAAAACCAAAACACCUAGCCCGAUCAGAGCUCGUUUACUUCUCUGGCCCAACGUAGAGGCUGAAGCAUCAUGGAUAAAGCUAAGCGUCGUCCUUUCACUGCUAGGUACAAAUUAGAUGCAAUACAAUUGGCAAAAGAGAAGGGAAAUAGAGCAGCUGGACGAGAAUACGGCAUAGAUGAAAGUGUGAUUCGGAGAUGGCGUGCUAAUGAGGAAAAACUAAGAAGUUUCCCAGAAAACAAGAAGGCGAAUCGAGGGCAUUCUAGCCAUCAUCCUCAGCUCGAGCAGGAUCUUGUGUCUUGGAUAAAAUCAUUGCAAGAAUCUGGGAAAGAUAUCUCAACGGAGCAAAUACGAAGGAAAGCUCUUGAUAUGGCCAAAGUUAUUCAAAUCAUUGGGUUCUUUGCAUCGCCACAUUGGUGUUGGAGGUUCCUGCGACGACAUAAAUUGUCCAUUUGUCGACGUAAAUCUGUUGCCCAUAAACUGCCAGGAGAUUGGAAGGAGAAGAGUCUCCAAGUGCCACACGAAGUCCCUAGCAGUAGUGGGCAAAAGAAAAGAGAAAAAAUUCAGGAGCUGGAAGAGAAACUAAAACAAGUCACCAAAGAAUGUAACAAAUACAAAAAGAGAUAUUUCCGUCUCUUAAGGCAACAGCAAGCAACUAAUGCUGAAAAUGUUAGUCCAGGGGAUGCAGACACAGAAGGAAUGUCUCAAGGCUUACCCCUUUCAAAUUGUCCCCUGCCUAGAGAGCAUGCAUUACAGGACUGGACAAGUCAAGGACAGGCAGUGACUGUGGGUGUCAACCCUGAACAGCCACUCAUCAGUGAACACCAGUCUUUGGAAGAUGAUCCACACCUUGUGCGUAUCAAAGAAGAGGGACCUAUAGAUGAGUUCUGGAGCCAAGAAGCAGGCCCUGUGAGAUUUGACACCACUGUUGCGGAGAACUCAAGAGAACAUCUGCAACUCUCUCAAGAGCCUGUGGAGUUCCGGGAGCUGGAGCUGAAGGCUGAGCCGCAGGAAGUGCAGGUGGCUCAGGGCGACUGUACGGAGGACGAGCAGACCCAGAGUGGUGCCGAGGGCUCACGGUGGGAACCCCUCGCCAAAGAGCAGGAAGUAUGCGCCCGUGAGGAGGUCGAGCACUUCCUGCCGUUCCUGCCCCAGGUGGAGCAGGCGUUCGGCUACUUCCACUCCAACCCCAUCAGCCCUGAGCAUCAGCCAGAAGUGACCCUCACGCCCCCGUUGUCUCUAGUGCCAAGAACCAGCAACGCAUUCAGUGUUUCCAUGGGAACCGAUAUGGCUUACGUGGCGCCGCCUCUGCCACGCCAGGGCCGGGGCAUGGCCAGGAGGCCGAUCGUCUGCCCGGUGUGCCAGAAGCACCUGCUGGCGCCGUCCGAGCUGACCAAGCACAUGCGCUCGCACACGGGCGAGCGACCGUUCGCCUGCGGGAUCUGCGGCGUCCACUUUGCGCAGAAGAGCAGCUUGAAGACACACGAGCGCCUGCACAGUGGCCUGCGGCCCUACCGCUGCGUCCACUGCGGCAAGGACUACACCCUCAGCCACCACCUCAAGCGACACAUGCGCUCACACUUCAGGGAGCGCGGUGGAGCCAGCCAGCCAGAGAUGCAGUUGCAGGGCCCUUAGGGAAUGAAGGAAUGGAUUUUAAACAAUUUUUUUCCCCUUAGUGAUUAACAUGCUUUUUAUUUCAGUGGCUAGAUUAGGUUUUGGUGUCUUGAUAUGUCAUAUUUGCAUAAAGACUUAAAAGUGUAAUAAAUAUGAAUGUGAACAUU